AUGCCACCUGCACAGCAGAGACUCAUCCUCCCCACAAAGAAAGGCAGCAACUGCAACCCCUCUGCCCUUAAAACCAUCCUAAACACAGGCGAGACAGUCAGAGUCACCAUUGGAAGUGGUGUUAGGGUUUCAGGAGGGGGUCUGUCUGAGGCCUACGACAGCCUGCAGUUCCACCUGCACUGGGGUAAUGGCUCCUCUGUCCCCGGCUCCGAGCACACUGUGGAUGGCAAGCGCUAUGCAAUGGAGUUACACAUUGUAAACAGCAAGUCAUCCUAUAAUCAGAACACAACUCUUGCUGUUGCGGACUCCACGGGAAUCGCUGCUCUUGGUUUUUUCAUUGAGGUAAUGCCAGGUAAUGCAACUGGCCAACCUGCAGCCUGGCGCAACUUGACCUCCUACCUGGCCAACAUCACACAGAGAGGUGAGUCUACUCUUAUGGCACCUGGGAUUUCUCUGGACGACCUCCUGGUCGGGGUGAAUCGUACCAAGUAUUAUCGAUACCUUGGAUCCUUGACCACACCCAUGUGCAAUGAGGCCGUGGUUUGGACGGUGUUCAAGGAUCCUAUCCAAGUCAGCAAAGAUUUGAUUGAUCUCUUCAGCACAACAGUACACAUUACCAACAGCUCAUCACCUUUUGUAACAAAUGUCUACAGAGACAUCCAGCCAGCACAACCAGUCACAACACAACCUUCCAGCAGCAGCUCUACCUUCACAAGCUGCUACUCUGUGUUGCUGAUGGCCCUGAGUCUUGUUCUGGGAAGGAGUUAGAGCCAGAACAAAAAAAGCUGCUGCUCUUUCAGCAACUUAUUGUGUUGCUGAUGAACCUGCUCUCUUGCCCUGUGUAAUUUUUCUAAUUUUAUCCUUCUCCAAAUACAUAAAGAGUUGACUAAACUAUUUAUUCAUUAGUGCCCUCAAUUCAAUGUAUACUGUAGGACACAAGAUGAACUUAUAAUUACUCUUUUUACAUCCAAUCAAAACAGAGCUAUAACUUCAAAAUAAAUCUGUAAUUUCAAAAAUAUGUGAUGAUGGAUGUGCACGUUACUGUUAGCAGAUGAAAUGUAUUGACAGAAAUAGAACACUCAAAACCAAACCCUUCCUGCCUUUGUCGGGUUUGUGUAAUGGACAUUUUUAUCCAUAAUCAUAAAGACAGCAUCUGCUUCUUUGCACAUGCUGCAGUACUAUGAGCUUUUGUAAAAUGUUUGUUCUGUGCCAGUUAAGUUUGUGCAAUCUUAGUUUUACUUGUGUUUGAAACUUUGUCAUAAUGUAAGAGCAUUAAAGUGAAUCACUAUUUUUGCACUUGGAUUGAACUUGAAAAGGGAAUUUCAUUAAAUAGACUGUGGACGAGAGA